GGCCUUUCGAUCCACGGCUUCACUGCGGAGUUCAACGCGAUGGGACAGUUUGCCGGCGAAGUCUUCUUUGCAAGAUCUUACCCGAAACCGGAGACUACUGAAGUGACAAAUAAUGAAAGGAGGAACACAAAUUCAACAUUUAUCCUCCCGAACACCUCCUCGCAUUCGAAUGACCCACUGAGAGGCAAGACAGAUCAUCAUUCGCAAAUCACUGACAAUAGCGGGUUCAAGUAUAUUUCCAGUCCGACACCAAUUAAACCAGCGAUUGAGGUGGCUCAAGCGCCAUCUAUGGGCCAAAUCAAUGGCAACGGAGGCGGUGUAACAACUGCUACCCAACCGGCUCUCCUUCGAUGUGCUUACGCUGGAAAUCAACUUCAAAUAUCCACGGGUCUGAUACCUAACCACGCUGGUGUUCAAAUUAUUGAGAAACCUAUGCAGAUUCAAUCAGCAGCGUUUCCGCAGACUGCUACUGGAGUACCGACGCAUUCAGGAUUGACUGUCAUAUCUGAUGGUAUGCAGACUACUCCACUCAACUGUGAUCAGAGGAUUUUCCCUGGAGCUACUGGAACUCCAUACCUGCAGUUAGAUCAAUCUGGAAGUCGUAGUGCCACGACGUUCCUUCAGAAUCGUCAGUUGUGCACGGUUAUUGGCUUGACUCAAAAAGCAAUGACCCAGUAUGAGACAUCAAUGUCGACUGUAACAGCUGGAACAGCGACUAUGACAACUCAGACUACACCCACAAGUGGUUACCUGACUUUGAAUCCAACUCAGCAGACACCGAAUACUCAAGCCGCAACGAUAAUUGUUGGACAUCAUGAAGGAAACUCGGGAACUGUUCAAUAUGCUAACGACAAAGUGGAUUCGAUUAAUCUUUUAUCACCAAACGCUGGUCCAGGUUGUAUUUCUCUACCUCCGAGAUCAGCUCGAGUAUUCCAACUCAUUCUUCCACAGUCGGCGACAGCUUUGUCCCUUCGUCCACAUCCAGGAUCUAUGGGAUCUGUUAUCCAACUAACAACUACUGGCUCACAGAAUCUUGGAACAACCACAAUUCCACUGAAACAGACGCCAAUAAUGCUGGAAGCUGGUAUGGAAACUCAGUCAACUAAUUCAGCCAACACAUCGACUAUUGAAGAGACGCAGAUUCAAGAAAGUGCAACAAUGGAACUUCAACAACCCGGGGAAAUUAUGGAUACACACAAAGCUGAUUCCUCCUCACUACUAACUAUGGCGGAAUGGGAACAAGUAAGAACCCCACUCUUGUAUAAUGAAGCACGCAUGUUCCAUUAG